GAGCGUCGGAAAGAGCGGAAGCAGGAGGGGGGAACGCUUCUUGCGAGCGGGUAUCGGCCGCGUGGUGGAGCGAUGGCUCGUGAAGGUGAUGGGUUGUUCGCCGGGUUCCGCGUGCUUGGGCGUUUCAGCAGCCACGUCCCGCAUGUUCUGCGCUACCACGGCCGCCACCGAGAGUUCUACCUGGCUACCGCGGUCGGGCGCAGCAUCCAUACCUACAACGUGAAGAAACUUGGUAUUGUUGCCGUAAGUAAUGCUUUGCCACAGGACAUUACAUGUUUAGCAGCAGACCGCAUGUUGAUAUUUGCUUCAUACGACAACAUUCUCCAUGCUUUUGCCAGGAACAAAGAGGUGGUUCAUACCUAUGAAGGUCACAAGGCAAGGAUACACCUUCUGCAGCCUUUUGGUGAUCAUGUCAUCUCUGUGGAUGUUGAUAAUGUUCUUAUUGUUUGGAAUGUACAGUCAGAAGAGGAGUAUCUUCAAGUGGAUUUCGAUAAGGCGACAUUCGCAGUUUCUGCUCUUCUACAUCCCAGCACCUAUUUGAAUAAAAUUCUCCUUGGGAGUGAGCAAGGGAGCUUGCAGCUGUGGAAUAUAAGUUCCAACAAACUCUUAUACUCAUUUCCAGGAUGGCACUUACGAGUCACAACUCUCGAACAAGCUCCAGCAGUGGAUGUUGUUGCUAUUGGUCUUGUUUCUGGUCAUAUCAUUGUACAUAAUAUUAAAUUUGAUGAAACUCUGAUGAAAUUUCAACAAGACUGGGGCCCCAUUACAGCAAUAUCUUUCCGUACAGAUGGACACCCAGUAAUGGCAGCUGGUAGUCCAAUUGGACACAUUGCUUUGUGGGAUCUAGAAGAGAAAAAAAUGAUGUGUCAAAUGCAGGAUGCCCAUUCCACAGCAAUAGCUGGUAUGUCCUUUGUCCCUGGAGAGCCGCUUCUUAUUACUAACGCUGCUGAUAACGCUAUACGGGUGUGGAUUUUUGAUGGACCUGGUGGUACAGGACGUGUGUUGAGAAGCCGAAUGGGACAUAGUGCACCACCAACAAAAAUCAGAUACCAUGGGCAAAAUGGACAGCAGAUUCUUAGUGCAGGUCAAGAUGGAACAUUGCAAUCUUUUUCAACAGUGCAUGAAAAGUUCAAUAAAAGUUUAGGACGUGGUUCAAUUAACAAAAAGAAAUCAAAAAAGAAGGGUCUUAAGCUUGAUACAAUGGCACUUCCACCAAUUACAGUGUUUGCUUCAGAAGUGGCACAUCAGAGUGACUGGGAUAGUAUUGUUGCCUGCCAUCAAGGAUAUAUAACCUGUACAACUUGGAACUAUCAGAAAACUUCCAUGGGAGCUCAUAAACUGAAGCCAGAAGAAUUUAGCAAACACAAACCUAUUGAUACAUAUGCAACAGCAGUUGACAUUACCUCAUGUGGGAACUUUGCUGUAAUUGGGCUGUCAGCUGGACAGGUAGAUGUGUACAACAUGCAAUCUGGCAUUCAUAGAGGGCGUUUUGGCAAAGAGAGAGCACAUAAGGGGGCCAUCAGGGGGAUAGCAGUUGAUGGAUUAAACCAACUGCUAAUCACAGCUGGUAGUGAAGCAUUAAUUAAAUUUUGGAAAUUCAAAACUAAAGAUCUGGUUUACACUACUGAGCUUUCUUCUUCUCCAAGUGGCAUUCUGCUUCACAGAGACAGUGGUAUACUGGGAGUUGCCUUUGAUGACUUCAGCAUUAGUGCAUUGGAUAUAGAAACCAGAAGGAUUGUCAGGACAUUCUCAGGACACCAUGGACGAAUUACUGACAUGACUUUCAGUCCUGAUGGUCGUUGGCUAAUAACUUCAUCAAUGGACUGUACUAUUAAGACUUGGGAUCUUCCCUCUGGAUGCCUCAUAGAUUGUUUUUUGGUAGACUCUGCCGCUGUGAGCCUUACCAUGUCUCCUACAGGAGAUUUUCUAGCUUCAACACAUGUAGAUGAUCUUGGAAUUUAUUUGUGGUCAAACCGUUCUCUGUAUUCACUUGUCUCUUUGCGGCCCCUUCCAUCAGAUUAUGAACCUUCUGUGGUGACACACCCUAGCACCUGCCCUUUGCAAGAUGCGGACGUGGUAGAUGGAGAAACUUGUGGUGAAAUGACAGAAUAUGUCUCACCUGAGCAACUGGAAGAGCAGCUGAUGACUCUUUCCUUAUUACCAGAGUCAAGGUGGAAAAAUCUCCUCAGUCUUGAUGUUAUCAAGGAAAAAAAUAAACCAAGAGAGCCACUAAAAGUUCCCAAGUCAGCCCCUUUCUUCAUCCCAACAGUUCCUGGUCUUAUACCUCGAUAUGUUACUCCAGAGGAAGAAAAUGAAAUACAGUCAAAGGUAGUAAACCUUGGAGUACUGGUGCAGAAAUCUAAUUUCUACAUUCAUCUUGAAGACGCCUUGAGCACUAAUGAAUAUACACCUCCACUUAACUUACUGAAAAGUUUGGGACCGUCUAAUAUAGAGAUAGAACUAAGGGGUUUGGCCCCUGAAGGUGGUGGCUCAGUGGAGGUGAUGCUAAGCUUUUUGAGAAUGAUUGGGAUGAUGCUGAACAAGAAGUACAACUUUGAACUUGCACAAGCGUAUCUUGCACUAUUUCUAAAGUUGCACCUUAAGAUUGUCUCAUCAGAGCCAAACCUACUGGAAGAAGUUUCCAGACUGUCAGUGCAACUUGAGGAAACUUGGAUUCAUUUACAGAGUCUUUUCAAUCAGAACCUCUGUGUGUUAACGUAUAUGAGAAGUGCUUUGCUGUAAAAUACUUCAGGGUUUUGCCUGCAUAAAUUUCCCCUUGGCAUAACAGUAGAAUUUUUACCAAAAAUACUAGAUCACAAGAAUUAUACUGGGACUUUUGGUGCUGUAUUUUGUGCAUUUGUGUAUGGUAAAAUAUUUUAGAACAUACGUAACUGGGUAUUUUUAUAUGCAGUUCAGUCAGAGCAAAAACUAUUAUGUGGAGCUUCUGCUGUCAGCAAACAGUUUGACUACUGCAGGUAAUGUAGCUCCUUACCUUAUGAUUUCAUGAGAAUGAAAAAGUGACUUGCAAAAUAAAUUUUUUAAAAAUGUAGUUUCUGUGCAGGAAGGCAAAAUCUGCAUUAUGCUUAAUAAACAAUUGUUGCUGCAAAA